GGCGCUUCCUGCCACAAAGGGAGCCGGAAGGGAGGGGCGGGGCCAGCGUUACCAAGGCAACGGCGCCAGCCGGCGCGCUGCCACCAAACCAACCCCAUGCGCGGCAACCCCGGUCCGACCCACCGGGACGACAUCGUCCGUUAAUUAAUUAACCGGAGGGGGUUAAUUAGGGCUCGGCCAUGCGGGUGAGGCCGUGCCAGGCGGCGCUGGUGAGCGCCAUCGCCCUCAACCUCCUCCUCCUCUUCUGCGCGUGGCGGAACCCGGGGGCGCCGGCGCCCCUUUGCCGCUCCCCCCGCGCCGUCCCCGGCGUCACCGUUAUCCUCCGCGACUUCGAAGACUUCGAGAGCGAUUUGGCGGGGACGGCGCGUUCUUUCGCCGCGCUUCCCGUGCCGGUCUUGGUGGUGGCCGAAACGCCUCCGUAUCCACCGGUGCCGUUACCGGCGGGCGUCGCGCUCUUACGGUUACACCCCGACGCCGCCGAACCGCCGCCGCGCCUCGAGAUGAACAUCCACACCCGCCACGUGGCUUUGGUACCGGAUGGCGCCCGCGCCGCGCCGGGACUGUUGGAACGCAUGCGGAACGCGUUGGAGGCGGCGGGUGACGCCGCGCGGUUGGUGGCGGCGCCGGUGGGAUCUAAGCCGGUACGGUGUUUGGAGCUUCACGUAGAGCCGCGGGAGUGGACGGCGCGGUUCUCCUCACUGGCGGCGCCGCCGAGGACGUGCGGCGCGGUGGAAGGCGCCGCCGUGCUACUCCUUCGCACCCGCGACCUUUUGGCGCUUCCCUUCCCUUUGGCGCGCCCGGUGCCCACCGCGCUCUUCAUCCAAGCGGCGUUGCGCCGUUGGCGGCUCUUGGUGAUGCCGGCGGCGUUUCCAGCCGCUCGCCGAGCUCCGGUAUCCCCUCACGGGCGUUGGAAAGCUGAAAACUUGGCAGUAAACCGUCGUCGGCGUUUGAUGCGCGACCUCGGCAUCAAACGGGAGGUGUUGGCCGACGGCAGCGAGCGCUGGUACGGCUGCGGCAAGGAGACGGCGCGCUGUUUCGGCACCGUUCACGCCCAAACGCCGCAGUACCUGCUCGCCGGGCGCUGGACGCCUCCGUGUUGCCUUCGGGCGCUGCGGGAAACCACCCGGCACGUGGUGGCGGCGUUGGAAGCGGCCGGCGUGCGGUACUGGUUGGAAGGAGGGUCUUUACUGGGAGCCGUUCGCCUCGGCGAUAUCAUCCCUUGGGAUUACGACGUGGAUUUGGGGAUUUACCGCGAAGAUGUGGGUAAAUGCCGGUGGUUGGCGGCGGCGGCGACGGCGCCGGUGGAAGACGCCGAAGGGUUUUUAUGGGAGAAAGCGACCGAAGGGGAUUUUUAUCGGGUUCAUUAUAGUCGGAGUAAUCGCUUACACGUGGAUUUGUGGCCGUUCUACGCCCGCGGCGCCGUGAUGACCAAAGACACGUGGCUCGGGCACCCGCAGGACGUGGAGUUCCCGGAGAGGUUCCUGGUGCCGCGAGUGCCGGUGCCCUUCGCCGGCGUCACCGCAAUGGCGCCCAACAACGCCCGCGCUUUCCUCGAGCUCAAGUUCGGAGCCGGAGCCAUCGAGAAACCCGAAUAUCCCAAUCCGGCCGUCAAACGGCUGGAAGGAGCAGCUGAGGGGGUGUCCCCUCCACCUCGGGGACAAUGAAACCCCCCUUGGGGACAAUAAAAGUCCUUCAGGGACAAUAAAAACCCUUCGGUGACAAUAAACCCCCCAUCGGUGACAAUAAAACCCCUACGGUGACAAUAAAACCCCCAUCGGUGACAAUAAAACCCCUUCGGUGACAAUAAACCCCCCAUCAGUGACAAUAAAACCCCUUCGGUGACAAUAAACCCCCCAUCGGUGACAAUAAUACCCCUUCGGUGACAAUAAAACCCCCAUCAGUGACAAUAAAACCCCUUCGGUGACAAUAAACCCCCCAUUGAUGACAAUAAACUCCCCUCGAUGACAAUAAAACCCCUUCGGUGACAAUAAACUCCCCCCACUGAUGACAAUAAA